GGUGAGAGGAGGAGGGGGAGUGAGGGAGAGGCGGGGAGGCGAGGAGGGGAAGGGUUCGGGGGAGGGGAGGAGCUCCAUUCUCGGCCGUGAAACCUCCUCAGCCGGCCAAUGGGAGAAUCGAGCGGGUCGGUUUCGGUCGAUGUGGAGAGGAUCUCCCUGGUUGGAAAGGAACAUUUUAUUAAAACAAGAUAUGGCACAGUGUCUGUGGCUGUUUUUGGAGAUCAGGAAAAGCCUGCACUUGUAACCUAUCCAGAUGUGGCUUUAAACCAUGCAUCAUGCUUCCAAGGAUUAUUUUUUUGCCCUGAAGCUGCAUCUUUGCUUCUCCACAACUUCUGCAUAUAUCAUAUUAGUCCUCCUGGACAUGAGGAGUUGUUGCAGUUAGGUGCUUCUCCAGUUUCUUCCCAUGUUCCCGUCCCUUCUGUGGAUGAUUUGGCAGAUCAGAUUGCUGACGUUCUUGACAUUUUUGGGUUAGGUUCGGUAAUGUGCUUGGGGGUCACGGCUGGUGCUUACAUCCUUACCCUUUUUGCUAUAAAGUAUAGGGAGCGUGUUGCAGGUCUGAUACUCGUCUCUCCUCUAUGUAAAGCUCCCUCCUGGACAGAGUGGUUGUAUAAUAAGGUAAUGUCCAAUUUGUUAUAUUUCUAUGGGAUGUGUGGCUUGGUUAAGGAUUGCUUACUUCAGCGGUACUUUAGUAAGGAAGUCCGUGGUAGUGCACAGGUCCCUGAGUCAGAUAUUGUACAAGCCUGCAGAAGUUUGUUGGACGAGAGGCAAAGUAAAAAUGUCUGGCUUUUUCUUCAAUCGAUUAAUGGGAGAUAUGACAUCACAGAAGAAUUACAUCGGCUACAGUGUCGGACGCUUGUAUUUGUUGGUGAAGACUCUCCGUUCUAUUCUGAUGCCCUCGACAUGACAUCAAAACUGGACAGAAGACACAGCGCCUUGGUCGAGUCUCACUGCUGGUAUUGCUUGUUUUUCUGGGGAACGAACACAAUGCUGAAGGUCCAGGCAUGUGGGUCAUUGGUCACGGAGGAGCAACCCCAUGCCAUGCUGAUUCCCAUGGAGUAUUUCUUCAUAGGGUUUGGGCUUUACAGGCCGAGCCAAUUCACCAGCAGUCCACGCAGCCCUCUCAGUCCAUCACGCAUCUCCCCGGAGCUGCUGUCACCAGAAAGCAUGGGCGUGAAGCUAAAGCCUAUCAAGACGAGGGUGUCGCUUGCAAUUUGAAUUAGUGGGUGAGCAUAGGCAAGAGAGUCACAGGUUUAGAAAGAGUAUAGAUAUGUCCCAACAUUUUGUGUAAUUUUGAAGCUGUAGCUGAUAUGUAAAAAUGUAUGCAAGCGCUUGUGACAGACAGACAUGGGAAAUUCUUUGGGAGUGUAGAUACGAAAGGAAAAGAGUGCGUGCAGUGGGUGGCGGCGGGGUGGAUAGGGAAGUGUGUGAUUCUGUUCCAUUCAUUUGUAGGCGUCAUGCUCGCUCACCUGUACAUCUUCAUUAUUCAUGAUAAUCUAAUAACAAUAAGAUAUGGUGGUGUCCUCAAUCACAGGC